AUGAGCAGUCUCGUCGAGGAAGCCGUCAAGAAGCUGACCAGCACGGUCGAGAGCCUUGAGUCCAGAAUCAAGUCUCUGGAGGACCGCGCCGCUGGUGGUUCUGGCAAGCCAACCGCCGAGGAGGUUCGCAUGAUCCUCAUCGGCCCCCCCGGUGCCGGCAAGGGCACCCAAGCUCCCAAGAUCAAGGAGAAGUUCAACUGCUGUCACUUGGCCACUGGUGACAUGCUGCGAUCCCAGGUCGCCAAGAAGACUCCCCUCGGCCGGGAAGCUAAGAAGAUCAUGGACCAAGGCGGUCUCGUCAGCGAUGACAUCGUCAUUGGCAUGAUCAAGGAGGAGCUGGAGAACAACAAGGAGUGCAAGGGAGGCUUCAUUCUCGACGGCUUCCCCCGUACCGUUCCUCAGGCCGAAGGCCUCGAUGCUAUGCUCACGGCUCGCAACCAGAAGCUCCAGCACGCUGUUGAGCUCCAGAUCGACGACUCUCUGCUCGUUGCCCGCAUCACCGGCCGCCUGGUUCACCCCGCCAGUGGCCGCAGCUACCACAGCACCUUCAACCCCCCCAAGGAAUAUAUGAAGGAUGACAUUACCGGCGAGCCGCUUAUCCAGCGCAGCGACGACAACGCCGAGGCCCUUAAGAAGCGUCUGGCGACCUACCACUCGCAGACCGCUCCCGUUGUCGGCUACUACAAGCAGACGGGUAUCUGGAAGGGCCUCGACGCAUCGCAAGAGCCCGGCCAAGUCUGGAAGAACAUGCUCGAAAUCUUCGAGUCCCAGCGCAAGGGCGGCCACUCCUCCGGUAUCCUUAGCCGCAUUGCUGGAAAGAACUAG